UUCAAAGUGUUGUAGCUUCAUGAAGCUAAUACUCUGGGAGUCAACUGAUGCUUUUAUAACACAAGUUAGAUAUCUCUAACCAGGACAUAGCCACUACACUGAUAGAAAAUAUCAUUAAAUAAGCUUAACAUCUCUUUUUGCCACAAGGAAAUUUACUCAUUUAUAAAAACAAUGUGACACAAUCUACCUGUAACCUGCUCUUGGGUCUGGUUUUGGACCCCACAUCCAGUUUUGGAUUUGGACUUGUAUUCUCUGUGUCAUUCAGUGGUACUUUCAAAAACCAAAUUUAUCUCUUUUGCAGUUUAUGAUUAAUUAGCAGUGUUAUAAAUCAUUCACCUAACAUAAUACGAAAAGUUUGGUUAUAAAAACAGACUAGUUCUUAGUUGCUGAAAUGAGUGCGGAGAAAAUGCAAAUAUUUAGCAAACGUAGAGGUCACAGAAAGGCAAACAAUUCCUCGCGUGAUUUUUCUUUUGAGGUAUUUACACCCAAGGCAGAAAAACAGAUUCACAGCCACAACAUGUUCAUUCAAACUACAGUAAGCAAUCUGAGCUUAUCUAACUUGAAGAAUACCAAAAAAUGCAACUAGCCAUUAUUAAAAAAAAAAAAAGGAAAACAAAAACUUUUUAAAAGAGUAAAAAUGUUAGGAUAUAAGGUAGGUAACUACGGAAACCUACACGCUGCUGAAAGUCAUGUUCCUUUUCACCAGAGGAUCAAAGGAAAAUGUAAAGUUUCAUGUUAAAUGGGACAAAGAGCUUUGCUGAUGAGAGAAGCACGUCGGCCCCACUGCAUGCAGUAAUGACAUGGUACAAGAAGGAACGAGAGGUUAUAAAAAAGCAAUCUCCGUGAGCUCUGAUUUUAGGCUGCGGGAGUAGAACCAGAACCUCCAAUUAAAAUGGGAACGUGGGACUCUGUAAAGCUCCACGCGAGCGGCACACUGUGUCACAUUCUCAUAUUCAUUAAGCACAAUGAGCAAUUACAGAUUAAAAGCUGCUGGUGUCUCACUUCAACCAGGCAAAUGCUUUCCGUGGAGAAGAGGGAAUGAAUUUUGUUAAUGAGGGGUUUUCAGGCUGCAAGUUUAAAUGGAAAGAGGGAACUCUUUACCGUGUCUACAAUAACCGGUGCAUUUACUGGACCCCUGCAAAGCCUGUACACCUACAAUAUGUCAUCACCGCUCCUAAAGCAGCUCUGUCAUAGCAGCUGUUUUGCACAGUUCUUAUUUCUGUGAAUCAGAUGACCACUGUGGGCAGUACCAUGAAUAAAUACCUUGAUCUGGGAAAUAAUAAAGCUGUCACUAGCAAAAUUGUGAAAUUAAUUUGAUUCUUUUUUUUUUUUUUUUUUGGUUGAUUGGUUAUUUUAUUUUAUUAUUAUUAUUAUUUUUUCUGCCCCUUCUCUGUACAGGGUAAGGUGUAUUCUGCCACCAGUCACAUUUCACACUGCACUUGUCUCUGCAUGGUUGGAGCAAUGUAGACUUGGAUGUGGUGACUUGGCACGAAGACUCACAGGUACUACUAGCAAGGCCACUUGUGCUUACGUAUUAAGGUACCAGUACGUAGGCAACAGUGCAAGUCAUCAGGGCUGCAUCAGAGAUGACUCACUUUUCUACUAGUUUGUGAGCACUGUGACAUCCCUACAUGCAAGUCGUUGCUGUCAGCCUCAUAUCUGCGUUUGUGUGUGGCUCAGGUGGAGCUAUGGACACAGAUGCUGAUCCACGGUAUGCUGGUGAGGGUGUCGCUGAAAUGGUCAUUCAUUUCGAGAGUUUUCAUAGCUGCCUGAGAGUCAUUUCACGCCCAAAGCAAAAAUGCCAGAGCCAGAGCUGGUAAUAAGUGAUGUUGCAUGUGCACAUUUGGAUGUGGAAGGUGUGGAUGUACCUGUUUACGUGAGCUCUUUACUUACGCCUGACCUGCUUUUGUCCAACAGUGAGGUGGGCGCCUGCGGGUUCUGCCCUGAGCCUGCCAAGCUGCCAUCUGCCAGACAGGCUGGAGCAGUAACCCAAAUCCUGCUGAUGGUCUCGUGGAUAAGAUCCAAAGCUCUUUACAGCUCACGGUCAGUGCUCUGAAUACAUGGAUGCAAAUAUUUAUGGACACCCUGGAUGGAUAUGGAUUUCUAGCUCAUGCAGGAUAUAUUUGCAUGCACAUAUUCAGAGCAUGUAAAUCCCCUCUCUGGCUACCUUUCACAAGCAUCGGUGAGCACAGCAAUUACGCCCUGGCACGUGAUGGAGAAGAGGCAGUUCUCCCACUCCCAAUGUCUGCAUGCAGGCUGGCUGCAGCAGGGCACUGGAGGGAGCUGCUGCCCUCCCAGUGGCAGGAGACAUCCGCUGAUGCUGUGGGCUUUAAGCAGCCCAGUGCUGCCAAAGUUAUCAAUUCACCACUUAUUACAGCUACGUACAUUUAUCUGUUUCUAGUGAUGAUACCGCUCCGGUAUCUGUAAAUCAAAACUAUGGAGCUGUUUCCCUGCUCGCCUUUCCUCUAUGUUAUUUAGGUUGUGAGCUGUUCAGGGCAGCUAGUGUUUCUUACUGUGAAUAUUUUCAUGGCUUUGGCUGAAAGAAGUCUUGCUCUUACCAUGGUCUCUUGCCAAGCUGUUGCUGGAGCCAGGCUGUUUGGAGGCCAUGCAUCCCUCUCUAGAUAUAUAAGACAUGGCUACACAAACAGCAAGGCAGUUGGGUCAUCUCCUCAGAUCUCCAGGGCUGUAGCCCGUCUCCAAGCACAAUGAGGAUGCCUAGAAGCAUAGAAUUUCUUGGAAGAUUUGUUUAUUUACUUAUUUUUAGUUAUAGCUGUCUACACUCUCUUUCUUGAGCUGUUGGUUGUGUUGACUUACUCACCUUUUGUCUCUCUGAGCAAAAGCCCUUAAUGUUUUUUUUUUAUCGUGGAGCCCCUGGUCAUAAGGCAGGGAUCUGCCUGCUCCAAUGUAAGGCAAGUGACGACUCUUUCGUGCAGGCUGUUGAUCUUCUUUAAUUGCUGCUGCGUCAGCAGUCACAUUAGGCUGUCUGAGAGGACAGCGUGAGACUUUAUUGACAGAAGGUGCAGCUUUGUAAUCCCUGCAAAUCCCUCCUCACCUGAGCCCUUUACGUUCAUGGUCUUAAUUUACCAGCCUUCCGUGAAGAGCUUUCAGAGGAUAAAAGCAGCAUUAAUGGCUUGAGAGCUUCAGAUGUCAGUGAAGGCAUCACUUGCUUGCGAUCUCUAAGAACCCAGUUUCACAAGAGACAUACUGCUCAGAGCUUGGUCUUCUGCAUCUGCCGGUACUCAGCCCCACGGAUUGUCCAGGCACUUGCUGGUAUGAGAUUAUGCAUUAGUGGGAAACUAGCAAGGGAAUUGUUCUCGAAUACAGAUUGCUUCUAAAAGUUCCUGAAUCGCAUUCCAAUGGAGGGACCUGCCUCAAUGAUGUGCCUGAGAACUUGCUACAUAAAAGACUGUAAAACAUUUAAUUUCAGUGAAAAUCCAGCUGACCUGGGACAGUCUCAUCUCUCCAGGAACUGCACUUGCUCUCGUAAGACCAUGAAACAAAAGCGGUCUAACAGUGUUAGCAUGUGUACCUUGCCCAUCAUCCCAGAGUACCCAGGCUUCCAAGACAUUAAGUUAUCAAGAAAUUACUCAGACACUCCAGCCUUCAACCAACUUUUCCAGGCUUUGGAAGGAAAGAGCUCUUCAUCACAGCUGAACAGCUUUCCAAACAAACCUUCAUCACCCCAUUGCUUGGGGGGCUCUUCAAGAGGCUCCUUGAAAGGCAACCCAGCAACCAGCAGUGGCUUCCGUGACAAACCACUGCAGGAGUAUUUCAACGAGAGGCUAAUGGAGCUCAGGAACUAUGAAGGUAAGAGGUCCAAUAGGAAGACAAAAGGAUUUGCUGACAAGAACCAGAACCCCUUCCUCACCCGCAGAGGAUCUCGGCGCAGAAGUAGCUGCAGUGCUGUGGUAAUGAUUGGGCGUAGCAAGGAGACAGAAGAAUCCUGCAGCUCAGCAAACCAAGACAACAAGAAAGUGAUGGAGCACAGUGAUCCAAAGGAAACCCAGAACGUCCCGGACCUCUACAAGGGUGACUUGUUGGACAUUUUAACAAUGCACAUAGCUGCUCCCCUGGAAGCGUUAGUGCAAAAAAACUAAUACUGGAGCUGUUUACAGCUACUCCUACAGUCCUCAAGAUGCAGAAUUGUUCCUGUUCAGUACUCUGUUCUGACUUAAGUAGCUCAUGUGUGUUAGUUCAUUCUGACACAGAAAUAUGUUUGUUUGUGGGACAAAAUGUUCUCUCAUAUUGUGUUCUUGAUUGACAUUACAUAUUUUUGUUUUCAAUUAUUUUCCUCAAAGAAUCAGUGAAAUUGUGAAAUAGUCUUAAAUUACUAUACACAGAGAGCAGUGUUCGAAACGCAUGCACAUAUUAUUGAAUUCUUAAGUUGCCUUAAAAAAAAAAAAAAAAGUGAUUUUCAUCAGUGGAACAGAUUGGUUUCUUAUCGGCAAUGUGCAUUUUCUGUUAGCUAAUCUGAAAAAACACCACCACUGUGUCCUGUCAAUUUACUUUACUUGUUUUAAGUCUUGCUUUUUUAUUGUAUCACUUUAACCCAUUUCAUUGCUGUUCUGUAUGGAUGCAAAUACUUUAUGAGAAAUGAUUGGUUUUCUUUUGUGGCCACGUUGUAUCACCAGGUGGAUCGUUGUAGCAGUGUCUGGUGCAUGAAAAUGCAAAGACAGAUGUAAGUUUUAUUUUUAAAUCUGAUCAGCCAUUA